UGCAGACGCAAAGCUGCCCUGGGAGGUGAGGAGAGACUGGGCAGCAUUCCCUGCUGGAGACGGAGGGGAAACUCCCCAAAGUGGCUGCCGCAGUGUAGGAAAGUGUGGAGCCGGCAGAGGGAACAUUUCUCUGCCGGGCCUGGAAGGGGAGGGCUUGGAGAGGAGGGCUGGCCUUGGCCGGGUGCGUGCUUCUGGUUUUAGUUUCGGCUCUGUGCUCUUGCUGCAGCCAUGGCCGAAGUUUGGGAGGGAUGUGUAGGGGCUGGCAGCCUGAAGGCCGAGCUCACCUGCCCCAUCUGCCUGGAGCUGUACCAGGAGCCGGUGUCGCUGAGCUGCGGCCACAACUUCUGCCGGCCGUGCGGCGAGGAGGCGCCGUAUUCGCAGUGCCUCUGGACCUGCCCCACAUGCAUGGCCGACCUGGCUGUCCCCCUGGAGCUACACAGCAACUUCAAGCUGCGCAACAUCGUGGAGGCAUUUAAGGCCACCACUUCCAAAGGACAACAGGCUCGAAGAGAAAGCCUGCAGCAGGACGAAGGCACCGAGAAGGGGAAAACAGACGUGGUUCCCUGUGAGCAGUGCCUGGAUGGACCCCAGCCAGCUGUGAAAACCUGCCUGAUUUGCGAGGUGUCCUUGUGCCAGGCCCACCUGAGCAAACACAACGCCAGGGAUUUCCAUCAAGAACACAUCCUGGUGGAGGUGGGAGCAGGCAAGGCGGAGGAGAGGAGGUGCCGGCAUCACGGCAAGCUGCUGGAAUGCUACUGCCUGAGGGAGGAGGAGUGCAUCUGUGUGCUCUGCUCCAUGGCUGGGGCCCAUAAGGGCCACGAGGUCAUCACCCUGAAGGAGGGACACGACAAAGAGCUGGGCUGCCAAGCAGAAGUGGGAUGUGUGAGACAAUGGCCAUUUCACCAGCUCCACAAACUGGCCAUCUGGUAUGAAGCUGUUCCUGCUGGGAAGUUCAGUGCUGUCUUUCCUUCUGCCAGGUUAAACUCUCCAGCACCAUGACAGACCUGCAGGAAUCUAGAAGUGAUUUAGUUACUGCCCUAGAAGAGCUUCAGGAAAGAGAGACUCAGAUCAAGAACGAUACCAAAACACUGACUUCUGAGCUAAAACAGCUGUUUAAAAGUAUAAAGGCAGAGCUUGAUAAGAAACAGAGG